AUGAAGAUUCUCACGAUUGACGUGUUUGGCACGCUGUUUGUGCCGCGACCGUCGGUGCCCGCACAGUAUCUCAGAAUUGUGCAGCAGCACGAAAAGUGCUCCGCCACCGUGGCCCAAGUUCAGGCCGGCUUCCACAAGGCAUUCAAGCGGCUAUUCAAGGAGUACCCGUUGUAUGGAAAGGAGACGAUUGGAUACGAGCAAUGGUGGUGUCUGGUGAUCCGCGAGACGUUUGAAAACAAAAUCUCCCUGCAAACAGCCCAUCAUGUCUACGACCACUUUGGCACCACCAAGCCUUACCACCUGUACGAAGAUGCUAUUCCUCUGUUGACCAAGGUGCGGGCCAUGGGUUUCCGCACUGCUGCUCUGAGCAACAUGGACCCCCGCGUGAUUGAUGUUCUUCACGAUCUCGGCCUGACCCAGUACCUGGACGAAACGAUUCUGUCGUUUGAUACCGAGGUGGAAAAGCCGGAUAUUCGGGCCUGGAAGAACGUCGAAAAUAUCUUUGGAGUGACCCACAAGGACAGUGAUGGCGAUAAUCUCCUGUACCAUGUCGGAGACGAGCGUAAGAAGGACCUGGUAUCUGUUCCAGGGUGGGUGACGAUCCUGGUGGACAGAUCCGAAGGGUUUCAAGAGUUCCACGAGUUUGAAGAGAACCAAGCGGUGGAGUUGAAGAAAGACAUUCUGAAGGUCUCAGAUGACCAAUUUGUCGUCAAGAGCUUGGUUGAUGUCGUAGAGUUGUUGGAAUGA